AUGGUGCCACCUGGGCUUUGGGAUACCCAUGAUGGGGGCAAUUCGACAAUGCCGGAUAUGCCGGGCCCACGCGGGAAGACGUUUGCCGGCCCGUGGCUUGAGCAACAAAUCAUUCUUUCUGCGAUGGUAGGCUUUGUAUCCAUCCUCAUCUUUGGACUAUGGAAGCGCCACUACCCCAAGAUCUACAUGGCUCGGCAUCACAUACAGGGCUCCGCGCUACCGUACCAGCAGAUCCGUAACAGUGUAUUUGGAUGGAUCCUGCCUACCCUGCUCUACUCGGAUCACAGUGCGCUGCAUACGGUGGGUCUAGACGGCGCUGUAGCGCUGCUCUUCCUCAAGAUGGGCUUUGUGUACCUCGUUCUUUCAAGUCUAUGGGCCGUAUUUGUACUUAUUCCCGUGCACUAUUACACCAAUGGCUGGAUUGACGGUGUGAAGCCUGGCGAAACAUUUGGCGAAGCCGAGCCGGUCACGCUCGCCAUGGAAUCGCUCGCCAAGCCACGCGAUCCGUUGCCUUUUAUACCACUUCCCAACAUUGUAACACGCGAUACGCUCUACGAAAAUACACAACUUGUGAGCACAUUCUUCUACUCAUUGCUGGCUAUGUGGGUCUUAUCGCGCACGUAUGCUGUGUUUAUUUCGUUCCGCCAAGGCCAUGCAGGUGUGCAGCCUAAUACACGUACAGCGCGAACAGUAGAGAUUCGGCAGCUCCCCGACCACCUGGUGAGCGAAGACGAAUUGUGGGGCUACUUUUCUGACAUUCGCUUGGACGUGGAGAAUAUCAGCAUUCUGAAAAAGACCAGGGUGUUGGACAAAUUGCUAUCGAAACGCUCCCACGCGCUUUUCCGUUUGGAAAAGGCAUGGAAUACGUGGAUUACGGAUCCCACGGAAGCGCAGAACUACGAUCCCGAACAGAUUCGCGAGCAGACUAAGCACAUGAUGCGCCCACCCGCGCCUGGUGCAGCGCCGUUUGUUGCGGCCGCUGUACAGUCAAACCGACCACGGCCUACAAUGGUGCGACCAUGGUGGAAUCUGCUGGGUCCUCGCGUAGACUUGAUUGAUCAACUUUCGUACGAAUUCAACACACUCGACGAAGCUGUCUCGAGGAUGCGUGCAUCGAGCUUUGAGCAUGGCCACACAGCCUUUGUAACGUUUAAGAACGCAUGGAGUGCGCAAAUUGCCAGCCAAGUCGUUCACUACCCCAUGCCUGGCUAUUUCUACACGGAGCCUGCGGUGGAACCGCGCGAUAUUAUCUGGGUCAACGAGGAGACAAGCGUUUGGGAUCGCCGACUUCGGCAAUGGAUUAUGUCGUGUAUGAUUGGCGUGCUGCUUAUUUUCACGCUCUCGAUCGAUUUUGUGUUAGCGACGCUGGUCAACUUGAACGAAAUCAAGCAAUACAUGCCCUGGUUGGGUGACAUUCUUGACGAAAACCUACGCGUGCGUGCCUUUGUUCAAAAUUCGCUACCAACGCUGUUGUUGAUUCUGAUUAACGCACUGGUGCCGAUCGCCAUGAAGUACUCAACGUACUUCCAGCGGGUCCGCUCGUUCUCACAGAUGGAGCACAGCGUGUUGAGCAAGUACUACUUGUAUCUACUCUUUUCUGUGGUGUUUGUGUUCUUGUUUACGAGCGCGCGAGACAUGCUAAAAGAGCUCUCGCAAAGCCCUAUGCACAUGAUUGAUAAGCUUGCACAGUCGCUGCCAGUGGCACGUAAAUUCUCGCUGUCGUAUGUUGUUUUCCAAGGUUUGGCAAUCCAGCCGUUCCAGCUGGUUUUGCUUCCGAGUCACCUCCAGCAUAUUCUGGGCCGUAUCUUUGGUCUGACGACGCCGCGGUACUUGGCGCAUAUGUUUGAGGCGCCUAGUCUGAACAUCAGUACCUUGUACCCGCAGGCACUGCUUAUCUUUACAUUGGCUGUUCUCUACAGUAUUGUCAGUCCUCUUAUUUCCAUCUUUGGCGCGUUGUACUUUGGCGUGGCGUACACGGUGCUAAAGUACCAACUUCUCAAUGUCUUUGACAAGCCGUACGAUUCGCAUGGCCACGCAUGGCCCCUGGCCAUUCAGCGGUGCUUGUGGGCUCUCAUUUUGUUCCAAGUCUUCCAACUCUCGCUCUUCUCUGUGCGCAAGCAAGUAUUCAACAGUUUGCUGAUUGUAUUGCUUAUUGGCUAUACCAUCUGGUUUAUGGUUUACAUGCAGAAAACGUUCCUGCCUCUGACGUCGUACGUGAAUUUGUACGAUAUCUACUCGGCAGAAGACGAAGACGUCCAGCGGGAGAGUCACCAUGCAGUCGUCGCACAGGACGAGGCGCAGCCUAUACCCACUUCUGGCUUUUACGGUGAUGAGGCAUAUGAGCCGCCCAUGUCCAAUCAGUCAGGCCUCUUGAAGUCGGAGCGUGAUGAUACAUACGGGCAGCCCGCAUUAACAGGGCGCCUUCCCACGUUGUGGCUCCCUAUGCGUCGGCAAGGCUUCCUGCCGGCCAGGUCCAUCGACGAAGUAUAG